AUGAUUGCAGAUACUACCGACAUCCCGUUUACAGGUCCCGAUGGCGACAGUCAGUGCAGGGUCAUCGACACCGAUGCGCUUGUCGUUGGCGUAGGCCCGGCCGGUGCUUCGUUGGCAUGUUUUCUAGGAUCACAAGGGAUACAAGGCAUCAUCAUUGGAAACGCGUCAACCACUGCCGACACACCAAGAGCGCACAUCACCAAUAUGGCCGCCAUGGGUAAGGAUAUUGACCUCGAGAGAGACUGUAACCAAGUGGCCAGCCACAACGAAAGCAUGCAACACGUCAGAUGGGCGUACUCGUUCGCAGGGGAAGAGUUCGGCAGGAUGUAUUCAUGGGGCAACGACCCCGAGCAGAAGGGCGAUUACGAGAAAGCUAGCCCUUGCGUACCGGCAGAUUUGCCUCAAACACUCCUGGAGCCCAUCCUGGUCCGUUAUGCAACACUCCAUGGGUUCAAAUGCCGCUUCGAUACCGAAUAUGUUUCAUCCACCGAAGACAAGGACAGCGGUCGCAUCCUGGUGUCGCUCAAGGACAAGCUCAACGGCGUCGGUUUUCAAAUCCGCUGCCGAUAUCUGUUUGGUGCCGACGGGGCCCGAAGCCGUGUCGCCAAGCAGAUAGAUCUGCCGUUGGUCCAGAAGCCCGACAAGGGCAUCGCGUACAAUGUACUUGUCAGAGUGGACAUGGCUCACCUGAUGGAUGCUCGUAUGGGCAAUCUGCACUGGAUCAUGCAGCCAGACAAGGAGCACCCCGAUUGGGCAUGGAUUUGCGUCGUGCGAAUGGUGAAGCCGUGGUACGAAUGGAUGUUUGUCGUCUUCCCCGACCGGAAGGCAGCAUGGGUGGACCACAAACCCACCAACGAACAAUGGCUGGCUCGGAUCAAGGAGUUCAUCGGCGAUGACUCCAUUCCUGCCGAAAUCAUCGGUGUCUCGAAAUGGCGGAUUAACGACACUGUUGCUGAGCAAUACUCGAAAGGGAACGUGUUCUGCCUGGGAGAUGCCGUUCACCGACACCCGCCCAUGAACGGUCUCGGGUCCAAUACGUGCAUCCAAGACGCCUUCAACCUCGGGUGGAAAGUCGCAUAUGUUCUCAAAGGUCUUGCUGGGCCGGAGCUGCUCGACUCCUACAGUGCUGAACGUCAACCGGUGGGCAAAGGCGUGGUUGCAAGGGCAAAUCAAGGUUUCAGCGACUACGGGCCGCUAUGGGACAAUCUGGGAGUUUUGGAGGAUGAUAUCGAGAAGCGAAGACAAAUCUGGCACGAAUUAUCGGAGAAUUCCCCCGUAGGUCGAAAACGGCGACAAACCUUUCAAAAGACCCUGCACGCCACGAAAUCCGAGAUCCAAGGACUGGGCAUCGAGAUGAACCAGCGAUAUACCGCCGCUCAAGCUGCCGUCUACGGAGACGAUGAGGAGUCCAAGUCUCCACCAGACUUUACCAGAGAUGCCAUCCGCUACUACGAGCCGUCCACGUACCCGGGAUGUCGCGUUCCUCACGUCUGGCUUACGACACUCGUGCCGGGGAAGAAGAUCUCCACAAUCGAUCUCAGUGGCAAAGGCCGAUUCACCUUAUUCACCGGCAUCGGUGGGCGAGAAGCAUGGCAGAGCGCUGCGGCGAGAGUCAAGCAGGAAUUGAAGACUCCCAUCGAGGUGUUCAGCAUCGGCCACAGGCAGGAUUACGAGGAUAUCUACAUGGACUGGGCCCGGCUACGGGAAGUCGAUGAGGACGGUGUGGUCCUGGUCAGACCUGAUCGGUUUGUCGCGUGGCGGAGCAAGAGCAUCCCAGAGGAUUGUGAGGGCAAGUUGGUCAAAGUAAUGCGCCGCAUUCUAUGUCUUUGA